AUGGAAAUUCCUGAAUCAAUUAAAUCUUUAUUACCUUUCAUUUUCAUACUAGUACUCUAUCUAAGUAGAAAACAAAAUACAAACAAAAUGGUCUCCCAACAAACUGUCGAAUACGUUCAAAAAUUAAUCAAAGAAAAUAAAGUCAUUAUUUUCGCUAAAUCAUAUUGUCCAUAUUGUAAAGCUGCCAAGCAUACAAUUUUUGAAGAAAUCAAUGUUCCAAAAUCGAAGGCUUUGGUACUUGACUUGGAUUUGAUGGAUAAUGGUCAAGAAAUUCAACAAGCUUUAUUAGCUAUUAAUGGUCAAAAGACUGUCCCUCACGUUUAUAUUAAUGGUGAAUUCAUUGGUGGUAACAGUGAAGUACAAAAGAUUUACAAAUCUGGUGAAUUACAAAAAAUGGUAGAAGCAUUAUAA